GCUCUGUCAUGGCGGUAUCUAGUUUUCAGGCCGGUGUAAAGGAACGGGAUGUUAGGGUUUUUAUUAGCGAGACAAGCGGGUUUGGACGACCCUCUUCGCCUCCGGAGAGCGGAGUCCACACAGAGGGUUUUGGGACUGGAGUUAAACAAAGACAGAGAUGUUGAAAGGAUCCAUGGCAGUGGAGUUAACACCCUUGACAUUGAACCUAUUGAAGCAAGAUACAUGUUAUCAGGUGGUUCAGAUGGUGUGAUUGUACUUUAUGAUCUUGAGAACUCCAGCAGACAACCUUAUUACACAUGUAAAGCAGUGUGUUCCGUUGGCAGAAACCAUCCUGAUGUUCACAAGUACAGUGUGGAGACUGUACAGUGGUAUCCUCAUGACACCGGCAUGUUCACAUCAAGCUCAUUUGAUAAAACUCUGAAAGUGUGGGAUACAAAUACAUUACAAACGGCAGAUGUAUUUAAUUUUGAAGAAACCGUUUAUAGUCAUCAUAUGUCUCCAGUUGCCACCAAGCACUGUUUGGUAGCAGUUGGUACUAGAGGGCCCAAAGUACAACUUUGUGACUUAAAGUCUGGAUCCUGUUCCCACAUUUUACAGGGUCACAGACAAGAAAUAAUGGCAGUUUCCUGGUCACCACGUUGUGAAUAUGUCUUGGCAACUGCAAGUGCUGACAGUAGAGUAAAAUUAUGGGAUGUGAGAAGAGCAUCAGGAUGUUUAAUUACUCUUGAUCAGCAUAAUGGAAAAAAGUCACAAGCUGUUGAAUCAGCAAACACUGCUCAUAAUGGGAAAGUUAAUGGCUUAUGUUUUACAAGUGAUGGGCUUCAUCUCCUUACUGUUGGUACGGAUAAUCGAAUGAGGCUCUGGAAUAGUUCCAAUGGAGAAAACACACUAGUCAACUAUGGAAAAGUUUGUAAUGACAGCAGAAAAGGAUUGAAAUUCACAGUCUCCUAUGGCUGCAGUACAGAGUUUGUUUUUGUACCAUAUGGUAGCACCAUUGCUCUUUAUACAAUUUACUCAGGAGAACAGAUAACUAUGCUUAAGGGACAUUAUAAAAGUGUUGACUGCUGUGUAUUCCGGUCUAAUUUCCAGGAACUUUAUAGUGGUAGCAGAGACUGCAAUAUACUUGCUUGGGUACCAUCCUUAUCUGAACCAGUUCCUGAUGAUGAUGAGACUACAACCAAAUCACAGUUAAACCCAGCAUUUGAAGACGCAUGGAGCAGCAGUGAUGAGGAAGGAUGAUUCUCAAUCCUGAGUACCUUUGUGUCUCUACUGAUGAAACUUUUAAAAUGGGACUGUUUUUUGUUGUUAUUGUUUUCUUCCUAACUAUGUGAUGACAGCUAAAUUAACCCUGAAUUUGGGUGAUUUUUUUCACCCAUGUUUUAAAAUGAGGGUAGUAUUUGCAUGAAAUCCUGAAGCAGACUUUUAUAUAGUUUAUUUAAUCAAAAAUAUCUCCUUGAUCCCAGUUGCUGUAGCCUGGGGCAUCCCCUAUUGUUACAGUACUCUCUCUAUUGAGACAGAUCCUGGCAACCCCUGGCCCCCGUGUGAGACCCUGAGCACAUUGUGUGAACUGUAAGAUG